AUGACUUCUCCAUCAAAUCCUUUACCAUCCUCAAGCCCUGCUGGUGCACCAAACCGUGAUGGGUCCAAAUCCCCCGAACAUGAACGGCUUCUCCCUGACCCUGAUCGACUGGCCCCAGAGGAUGCUUACUUUGCGCCAGCCCUGUCAAGGGUCCGUUCAGCGCCCACCAACUACGAAGAAAGCCUGCGCUCUUUGAAUGGAGAUAAUGCUUCCCAUAUUGGCUCGGCGGCGGCAUUGCGCAAGAAGCUGGGUGCCCCACGACGUCGGAAGCGCAAGGGCGCUUGGAAGAAGUUGCUCUGGGUGAAACAAUCCUACCCGGACAAUUAUACCGAUACCGAAACGUUUCUGGACCACCUCCAGCGGAAUCCUCGAGUUCGACCGUACGAUUUCUGGCCACUCGUGGCUGACUCAACUGUGAUUGUGCAACAUGUAUGCUCCGUGGUGAUCUUCGUUUGCUGCUUCGUUGGCAUUGUUCAGGACCGAGUGAGCCCCGUUUCCAUUGUAUGCUGGGGGAGUGUCGGGACGGCUGUCGGGUGGAUUCUGUGGGACAACUGGAUUUGGAAAGAGCAUGAAGAGUCUCAGAAAGAAGUCAAUCGAACCGCUGGGGCCGACGACGGCUCCAGUUCGACGUCAUUUGCCAGUGUCGCAGAGGCAUCUGCAAAUGACAUACAAAGUGAUGACACGAAGAUCAAUGCGAUACAUGGACUUGGACUUUCGAUGUCUGGGAAUGAAUCCAAAGAGCAAUUAGCCCGUCGGAGUGCAGACUUCAGCGACACCCUCGAUACAGAUGGUCUUCAGCCAGAACAGCACGCCUCUUUCCCCGUACCAUCCAACCCCUUGACUGGCAGCACUGGCAGCACUGAUACGACGGUGCUACACGACACCUACGAUACCUAUCGAGGCUCGAUGCUUUCACCGCGCAAUCGACAACGACUGACUACGGUCAAGUCCGCUUUACUCAUCUACCUUUCCCUUCUGGGGCUCAGCCCCAUCCUCAAAUCCCUCACCAAAUCCACAGCCAGCGACUCAAUCUGGGCUAUGAGCUGCUGGCUUCUAAUAAUGAACAUUUUCUCUUUCGACUACGGAAGCGGGGAAGGCGCAGGCGCCACCACCAAGUUCCCUGCUUCAUUGUCCACCAACGCCGCCGUAAUGGCAUCCACUGUGCUCGCCUCGCGGCUGCCAUCUACGACUCAUGUGUUCAGUCUCAUGCUUUUCUCCAUGGAAGUGUUUGGGCUAUUCCCUAUCUUCCGACGCCAGUUACGGCAGAAGUCAUGGACUGGUCACGUUGUCUUGACACUGACUCUCGUGAUUGUUGCUGGUGGCGCCGUCGGAGUCACAUUAAGUGGCGGAUGGGCAGCGGCCAUCAUCGGCUCAGUGCUGGGCAGCAUUUUGACCGCGUUUGUGAUGGGUGGCUGCAGCUGGUGGCUGAUCAGUUUGCAAAAGUACAAGAACGUCGUGAUCGGCCCUUGGGACCCUGCUCGGCCCAUUAUUCGGCGGCAUUGGAACUAA